AUGUUCAUUCCGAAGCCUGUGAAGCCAGGACAAGAGCCAGAUGUUCGAAAUCCAUUGGAUUUAAGGCCACGGAAUAAGAAUACAAAGAAACUUUCGAGUCCACUCCCAGAGAUUGAAGGGAUAACUCGUCGGGUGGCGGCGAAGACGUACCGAUCGAUGCUGGACUUGAAAGACGCAUAUGAACAGAUGUGCAUAGAUCCGAAAGAUGUCUGGAAGACGGCAUUCGCGACGCCACAGGGAAAUAUGGUUAGUAAUGUCGUCCAAAUAGGCGAUUGUAACGCACCGGCGACAUUUCAAGCAUUGAUGAACCAUAUUUUUUCGCCGUACAUUGGAAUCUUCAUGGAUGUCUAUUUGGAUGACAUAAUUAUCUACUCGGACACCCUUGAAGAGCAUAUUGAGCAUGUUAAACUUGUUCUUGAUGUGUUGAAAAGGGAGAAAUUUUACCUUUCAGCAAAUAAGCUCAAUUUCUUGUCCAAGCGAGUCAAGAUUUUGGGUCGUAUAGUUGACGAAGAGGGCAUCCAGAUGGACCCGCAUAAAGUCGAUGCAUUGUCCCGAUGGAAAACGCCGACAAACCGAGACCUUCUUCGAGGGUUCCUUGGGGCGGCGGGCUACCUUGCGGAUGAUAUUGACCACGUGCGAAUUCCGAUGGGUGUUCUUCAUAGUCUAACGAGUGACUCCGUCCCUUUUCAAUGGGGCGAGAUGCAGCAGAGGGCGUUCGACGAAAUUAAAGAGCUGGCUGUGAAAUGUAAAGAUCAUCACAGAAAGCCGUUGAAAUAUGGCAAAGACGCACCCCAUAUCAACGUCAUGACAGAUGGUUGCGCGACAGGGAUUGCAGGGAUUGUAAGCCAAGGAGAAGACUGGAAGAAAGCGGAUGUAGCUGCUUUCUUUUCAGCGAAACUGUCUCCAGUGCAGCAGAACUAUGCUGUACACAAAAUUGAACUGUUAGCGGGUGUCGAGACGAUGCUGAGGCAUCGAGACAUUUUGCAAGGCACUCACUUUCGUUGGUUUACAGACCACAAAGGCCUCAUCCAUCUUUUGAAGCAACGAAACUUGUCCGGACGGCAAGCUCGAUGGAUGGAAAAGAUAAGCAUUUUUGAUUUUGAAGUCGUCUAUGUUCCAGGUGUGGAGAACAUAUUGAGUGAUGCGCUCUCACGUAUAUACUCUAACGACGCACCUGGGACUGUACGCGCUCUGAGCGAGUACACAGAACACAAUGAUUCCGGGAUGCCAAUGUCUGAACGAGCGCUCAAGGUCAUCUCAGCUCCAGUUCUAGUUGGACUGGAGGGCGAGGUAGCAACAUUUGCUGUGAAUUAUGUUCGUCGAAAGAACAAGAAAGCGACGAACUCACCGGCUGAGACAGGAAGGCCCGAGACAGCGGAAGAAUUUGCUGCUCGAGUGGGCGACUCUUUUGUUCUCCACGGACCGUGUGAGAGAACAGAGGGCGAGGGUCAGAAGGACCAGGGAACAUCCGCCAAUCAGUCAGACCCAAACCAGAAGCUGGUUAUCAGAAUACCUGCCAGAAAGAAGAAGGACAACGUCUCUCAAAGUGACAGUGAGAGAGUGUCUAAAAUUAGCGCCCUCGAGACCGAGCCAAGAGCGCCAAGCGACACUUCGGAGAACGCCGAAACAGACUUAGUCGAGGCACCACAAAUGCUCGACAAGAUUCCCCAGCUCGAUAUCACAAAGGAUAUGGCUGGAAUUGAUGUCCUGAAUGAGAUUAGACAUAAGUAUGGUCAAGAUACUGUGUUUAAAACUGUUAUAGAGAAACCUACCAAGCAUAGAAACUUCAUUCUUGAAGAUGGCUUGGUUUUUCUCAAGGAUGACAGCCGGAAGCGUCUGUGUAUACCAGAUCUCCGGGUACAGGGAAGAAGUUACAAGCAAAACUUAUGA